AUGGCCGGAAGUAUGCCUUCUUUAAAAGAUAUUCUGACGCGACCAAGCUCGAAAAUUGUUUUUAAUGCUCCGUUCGAUGAGAAACACAUCUAUUAUAUUGAGAUUGCGAAUAUGGGAACUCAUCGGAUUGCAUUCGCGAUAAAGACAACGAAUUUGAAGCGUUUUGACGUGAAACCGUGUUAUGGAAUUUUAAAUCCGAAAGAAACAACAGUUUUGGCAGUCUCAUGCGAAACAUUUAAUCCAGCUAGCGAAAAUUUGUGCGGUGAACGAAUUACCGUGGAAUGGACGAAAAUACCACGCGAUGCGAGCCAGGAGUUCAGCACUUCAUGGUUCCGUGAUGACGGUGCGGUAUGCCGGAAGAUUAUGCCGGUCGAGUACAAUCUUUAA